CACCACCUCCACUCCCGGCCCGGAUCAUCUUUUUGCACCGCAGGCUGUUUAGCUGGGGCGGAGUCUUCGUUCUUUCCCGCGCUUGGGAAAUUUAGACCGGACCCUCAGCCGCUGGUGCCACACCCCUCGGGGGGCGUACCCGGAAGUGCUCCUAAGGAAGCGGGCGGGGCCGCACACGCCUCUUCACCAUGGCGACGGCAGGUGCCUCGAGGCGCUUCUGUCGCUGCGCCUGCUUCUGCUCCGAGAACUUGUACGUGGCGCGCUACGGGCUGCACGUGCGUUUCCGGGGCGAGGAGCAGCUGCGCCAGGACUACGGCCCGAUCCUGCGCAGCCGAGGCUGCGUCAGCCCCAAGGACUUCCAGCAGCUGUUAGAAGAGCUUGAGCAGGAGGUGCGGCGGCGGCAGCGGCUGGGGCAGGAGUCGGCAGCCAGGAAAGCCCUCAUUGCCAGCUCCUACCACCCGGUGCGGCCCGAGAUCUACAGCCCGCUGCAGGAUGCGGCGCUGGCUCCCGAGUUUCUGGCCGCGGCCGAGUACAGCACACUGCCGGGAGCAAACCUCGAGGGGCUGCUGCAGCGGCUGGAGACCGUCUCCGAGGAGAAGCGGAUCUACCGGCUGCCGGUGUUCACGGCGCCGUUCUGCCAGGCCCUGCUGGAGGAGCUGGAGCACUUCGAGCAGUCGGACCUGCCCAAGGGGCGGCCCAACACCAUGAACAACUACGGGGUGCUGCUACAUGAGCUGGGCCUGGAUGAGCCACUGGUGACGCCGCUGCGGGAGCGCUUCCUGCGGCCGCUGAUGGCCCUGCUGUACCCUGACUGUGGGGGGGCCUGGCUGGACAGCCACAGGGCCUUCGUGGUCAAGUACGCACCGGGCCAGGACCGAGAGCUGGGCUGCCACUACGACAAUGCCGAGCUGACCAUCAACGUGGCCCUGGGCAAGGCCUUCACCGGGGGCGCCCUAUACUUCGGGGGCUUCUUCCAGGUUAGUGUGUGUGGCCCACCGGGCAGGGCCUGGGGUAGCCAGCAGUGCCCAGGCCUGAGUCUAGUUGUCCGCAGGGGCCUCCAGCUCUGGUCAAGCCCCUGGAGGUGGAGCACGCUGUGGGCCGGGGCGUCCUGCACCGGGGCGGCCAGCUGCACGGGGCCCGGCCCCUGGGCACCGGCGAGCGAUGGAACCUCGUCGUCUGGCUCCGGGCCUCCGCCGUGCGCAACCGCCUCUGCCCCAUGUGCUGCCGCAAGCCCGACCUGGUGGACGACGAGGGCUUCGGCGACGGCUUCACCCGAGAGGAGCCCGCCACCGUGGACGUGUGCGCACUGACUUGAGCCUGGUCGGGACCUGCGGGGGGUGGGGGCAGCGAGAUGGCAGAGGGCUCUGCCACCUCGUGUCAGGCAGGGCAGAAAUAAACUCCUGCACCCCUCAGCGCGUCUUGGUUC